AUGAGGUUCAGAGGUGACAAUCAAGAUGAUUCUCCCACCAACGUUAGUCAUCUAGUUUUCGGAAUAACAAGCUCGUCUAAAACUUGGAAGGACAGAAUAUCAUACGUUGAAUCUUGGUGGAGACCUAAUGUAACACGCGGAUUCGUGUUUCUAGAAAAUUAUCCAAAAGAAUUACUUCCAUGGCCUUCUUCGUGUCCCCCUUUCAAGAUCUCAGAAAACACGUCGAGAUACAAAAUGUACGAUAAACAUCCGAUACCGCAAACUAUACGGAUGGCGCGCGUCGUAGCGGAGACAUUCAAGAUGGAAAAUAAGAGUGCAAGAUGGUAUAUUAUGGCUGAUGAUGACACUAUUUUUUUCCUAGAUAAUUUGGUUGAGGUUUUGUCAAAGUAUGAUCAUAGGAAAUAUUAUUAUGUUGGGAUGAAUUCAGAAACUCAUGCAUCAAAUUUUGUUCACUCUUUUAAUAUGGCUUUUGGUGGAGGUGGAUAUGCUUUUAGUUAUGCUCUUGUGGAGGCAAUGGUAGAGAAUUUGGAUAUUUGUAUUAAAAGAUAUCCAACUUUUUAUGGGGGUGACCAUAUUUUGCAGUCAUGUGUAGCUGAUUUAGGUGUCUCUCUCACUCGACAAAAGGGCUACCAUCAGAUGGAUUUGCAUGGUGACAUAUCUGGAUUCCUAUCAGCACAUCCACAAUCUCCUCUUGUCUCUCUUCACCACCUUGAUUUUAUAGACCCAAUAUUUCCCUUAAUGAACAAAUCUCAAUCAUUAAACCAUCUUAUGAAAAUUGCAAAAUUAGGAGAUGAAUCAAGAAUCCUACAACAAAGUAUUUGUUAUUACAAGCCUAAAAAUUGGACAUUUUCUAUAUCAUGGGGUUAUUCUAUUCAAAUUUAUGAGUCCAUUUUUCCUCCAAGUCUUAUAACAAUACCAUUACAAACUUUUAUUCCUUGGAGUAAAUUGUUUAAACCUUGGUUUGUUUUUAAUACUCGUUUACCUUCUAAUAAUCCUUGUGAAGCUCCCCAUUUACUUUUCUUUGAGUCUAUGCAGAAAAUGAAAAAUUAUUUGCUUACUAAUUAUACAAGGAAAUAUCCACGUAAAUUACCUCCUUGUUCAUUCAGUGGCAAUCACUCUGCAAAUCACAUUUCAGAAAUCUAUGUCCUGUCUCCUAUGAAGAAGCUUGACUCGGUGGGUAGUAGAAGAGAGUGUUGUGAUGUUGUAUACAAGGCUGAAACGAACGUUACAGAAAUCAAACUUAGAGACUGUAUGCAAGAUGAAAUUAUCCCAUGA